CUUGGCUUCUGCGAUUUCCUUCUAUUGUUAACAAGGCUUUUGGGAUUUGUGAUACGAUUAUCUGGAAGAAUCGUUACCAAUAAUAAUGUUGAAUAUUCUUUAACCUUCCCUCUGACCAAAUUUUUGAUUUGUAACACCCUAAAAAUGGACAAACUCACUGUAAUAUCUGGAACCCUAUUUAUGGCAGCCGAUGUUUUUGCUAUUGUAAGCCUAGCUAUGCCCGACUGGAUAAUCACCGAUGUUGGAGGUGAUACCCGUCUUGGUUUAAUGUGGUCAUGCAUAACACUGUACAACAGACCACAAGUUUGUUUCACUCCAGAUCUACAACCAGAGUGGUUACUUGCUUUGAUCUGUAUAUUUAUUGGCUGUAUAUGUAUAACUACAACUGUUAUAUUGCUGGCUUCAAGUCAUUUUGAUCGUAAUGUGAUUCCUUAUGCAAGAUGGGUGGGAUUUGCAGCAAUGGUGGUGUUUUGUUUGGCAGCUGUAAUAUUUCCAAUGGGCUUUCAUGUUGAUGAAAUUGGUGGCCAACCAUACCAGCUUCCUAACAGUCAUCAAGUUGGGAUAUCAUAUAUAUUAUUUGUUCUUUCUUUGUGGAUAACUGUGAUAUCAGAGUUAUUUGCUGGUAAAGUUUGUUUACCACAUUUUUAAGCUAAGUUGUCAUUAAAAUGUGUUUAUUGUGAUAUAGGAUGUUCUAAAAAUAAUGGAUAACCUUGUACCAUCAAUAAGCCUCAGUAUGGUCUCUCAAUUAUAAAAUUUUGACCUGUUAAUACUAUAAGGUUUUCAAGAUUUUUAAAUUUUUAGAAAAUUGCCACCUGCUAUUGCAAUUUAAGACAAUGAAUUACAUUUUUCUUUUUUUCUACUUCUUUUUAUAA